UCGAUAACCUAAAGUACACGCAAUACGCAAUGCAACUCUGCGAGUCUAAACUGCAAGGGGGUAGCAGCAACAAACAACUAACAACUUCAACAUUCAAGCUUCGAAGGUCUGCCGUCUCAACUCAAUUCCUCUUCCAUCAAACCCUCGUCGCUCGUUAUACGUUAUACGUUAUACGCUUCGGGCUGAUUCGUUGCCAGUGAGCGAGUGACUUGGGAAACGAAUGAACGUAAACCAGCUACGACAGUCUCAUGCCUCAUGCGACAAAUAAUACCAAGCUUGACGCAGACCCAGCAUUUUUCUCCAUAGCCCAUCGCAUCUUUCUACUCGACACGACCGAUAUUGACCAACGACAUUUCAAACAACUAUAGUUCUGGCUAUACUUCAUUUGAAGGAAUUCUCAACCUAAGAACUUGACAACCACUGCGAUCUUGUCUACACCAGGAAAAAAGAAAAAAAGAAAAAAAGAAGAAAGGAAAAAGAAGAGAGAAAAAAAAGAAAAGAACUAUCAAAAUUAUAGGCGAUGCGACCUGAAUAACAUCUACUUCCGACUUCCUACAUGCACCCUUUUUCUAUCCUCACCCUCGCGAUCUUCGUGGCUGGCUACAUCACUGCCCGAUGGGAUCUCGUAACCCGGCUCUACGAAUUGGCUGUCUUCGCCUGGGAUAAAGGUGUUAUUGUGAGUAAGGGGUUUAAUUGUCCGGUGCAUUUGAGAAGUAGAGGGACUGGGCAUCUGGGUGAAAGGAUCUGCGAAAGGAAGAAUAUUUAUCUAAUAUUUGAUCGCUUUCAAUCUAGGCCCGAGCUACUCUGGGAUUUGCUCUGUUGAGUUUCGUAUUUGCCCUCAUACUUAUACCUGUGCAACAUAUUGCUCGAAUAGAGGCCGAUCUGGUAUUGCUAUUCCCCCCUUUCUAGGUCUAAAUCAAAUUUGCUGAUGGGCAAUUGUGUAGCAUCCGCGAUCACCUAGUCUCG